AGCCAUUUGGGUCCGGCCCGACGCGUUAGCUGGCGGCACUUCCGCCGUGCUUCGUCGGCGGGAUGUCUUAUGGCAUGGGAGGCUAUGGCGGGUUUGCCCAGGCGUAUGCAGGAGGCGGCGGCGGGUACGCGCCGAACGGCGGCGGCGGCGGCUGGGGCGGCGGUGGCGCGCCGCCUCCGUCCGUGGGCCGAGGGCCCAUAUCCAUCGCACGGGCGGUCGAGGAGGCCGGCCGCGGAGCGACCACGGGGAUGACCGUCCAGGACACCGACAUCUCGGUCUACGACCCGAACGAGCAGCCUGCGCUCCGCAACGCCGUAGGGGGUCUUCGCGCCCUCGCCGCCACGUCGCGCCAGUACGCCACCUUCGAGGAGUGCCGCGACAUUCCCCGCGAGAUUCUCGGAGAGCUCAAGCGCGCCGGCUUCCCAGGGCCCUCGCAGAUCCAGGCGUACACCUGGCCGCUGGCUAUGCAGAACAAGGACGUGAUCGGGAUUGCCGCAACAGGCAGCGGCAAGACAUUGGCCUUUCUGCUCCCCGCAUUCGCCGAGAUGCAGAAGUUCGGUGUGAGGCCCGAGCGCUCUGGCCCGGGCUUGCUGGUGAUGUCGCCGACGCGAGAGCUCGCGCAGCAGACUGAGGACGAGGCAAACCGAUUCGGCCAGUGCAUUGGCUUCCGGUGCGUGGCGAUGUACGGAGGCUCUCCGAAGAGGGACCAGAUCUCCAAGUACCGCAUGGGAGUGCACACCAUCGUGGCCUGCCCGGGGCGCCUCAACGACUUUCUGGAGGGCGGGCAGGUUCGGCUCGACGGUGUGGGCAAGCUGGUCCUCGACGAGGCGGACAGGAUGCUGGACAUGGGCUUCGAGCCCCAGAUCCGCAAGAUCCUUGACAAGGUGCCCAGAAGGCGCCACACGCUGUUCUUCACCGCCACGUGGCCCAAGGAGGUCCGCAGGCUGGCCGCCGAGAUCCUCUACCAGCCCUUCAAGGUGAUGAUUGGAAAUCGCGACGAGCUCAAGGGCAACCAAGAUGUCAUCCAGGUAGUGCGCGUGAUCGACGGGUACCAGAAAGAGCGGGAGCUGAUGAGCCUCAUGAGCGAAGCCGGGGUGAUGAACCCGAACAGCCCUGGGAAGGUGCUAGUCUUUGCGAGCACGAAGCGCAUGUGCGAGGAUUUGUCGCGGUCCAUGCAGCGCAACCGCGUGCCCUGCCAGUCCAUCCACGGUGACAAGGACCAGCGCGAACGCGAGCAGGCCCUGAACGGCCUCAAGACUGGAAGUAUCAAGGUCCUAGUAGCGACAGAUGUGGCUGCGCGUGGGCUGGAUAUCAAGGGCGUUGGCUUGGUGGUGAACUACGAUCCAGCGAACAACACUGAGGAUUACGUCCACAGAAUAGGCCGCACCGCCCGCGCCGGCGCCAAGGGCUACGCCGUGACCUUCUUCACGCGGCAGGAUGGCGGCAAGGCCCGCGGCGUCAUCGAGGUCAUGGAGCGGACCAACCAGGAGGUGCCCCAGGAGCUGCGCGACCUGGCCGGCAGCGGCGGGGGCGGCGGCGGCAGAGACCGCUGGGGCCGCGGCGGGGGCGGCGGCGGCGGCCGCGGAGGAGGCGGAGGCGACAGGUGGGGCGACCGCGGAGGCGGAGGCGGCGGUUACGGCGGCAGCAACAGCGUGCCGCUCGGUCGCGGGCGCAGCAGGAGUCCGAGGCGCUGGUGACGCAGGGCGCGGCUGCACGGCUCUUCCCGCGAUGGUCGGCGAGUUGGGCCGUCAUCAUCCUUGCCCUUCUCCUUUUAGGGAACUCGUGAGUGGGGUUCUCCAGGAUUGCGUGGGGCUUCGGGCCGCCUGCCGGGGAUCACCAGCGCUUGGCGUUCGCUCCACCGAGCACGCUCGCGAUGGCCGCUGGUGCUGACGACCGUCUGCCACCGCCAAGCUGCCAUUUCAUGUAUGUUGGUCGUGCCCGAGGUGGGCAGCGCCACUUGUACAGUGUCACCUGAAGGGGCUAAGCGUAGGCGCACUGCGAGUGCAGCACGCUUCUGCUCUAGAGGGUGGCGAUGCCCGCAAAAAAGGUGCACCCACUGCGCGUCAUCGGCGCACGCAGCAGCAUGCACACACAGAGGC